AUGGUUCACAAGUUUUGGGAGGUGGAGAGUUUUGAGAAGGGAAAGGCGCUCUCGUUGGAGGAGCUAUACUGCGAGAAUCAUUUCCGAAAGACACACUAUAGAGCUUCUGACGGUCGGUACGUGGUUCGUUUGCCGAUUCGUGGGGAGAUGCUUGACUCGUUGGGAGAGUCGUUCAGAAUCGCCGAGCGGCGGUUUUCGGCAAUCGAGAGGAAGCUGUCGUCUGAUCCACAACUACACGCAGAGUACUCGAAGUUCAUGGAUGAGUACCUAUCGUUGGGGCACAUGGAAGAAAUCAAGCCUGAUUUAUCUCCGUCUACCCCGCACUUCUAUCUUCCUCAUCACGCCAUUCAGCGGCCCGACAGCACCACCACGAAGACACGCGUGGUGUUCGACGCUUCGUGUCGCGGCAGCAACAACAUUUCGCUGAACGAUCUCUGCUAUAUUGGUCCCACCGUCCAACCGCCCCUCAUCGCUACACUAGUCAACUUUCGCAUUCCUCGCUUUGCGGUGAGUGCGGAUGCCGAGAAAAUGUACCGGCAAGUGUGGGUUCACCCGGAUGACUCUUUGCUGCAACUGAUCCUGUUUCGGGAGAAUCCAGCCGAUGAAUUGAAGACUUAUCGGCUGAAAACGGUAACAUACGGGACUGCCCCUGCACCGUAUCUCGCUACACGCGUUCUCAAUCAGCUCGCCGAGGACGAAGCCGACAAGUACCCCCUCGCUGCCCCAAAGGUUGGAAAAUGUUUCUACGUUGAUGAUUAUUUCUCGGGGGACGACAACGAACAACGCUUGGUGGAAACAAACCAUCAGCUAAUCGAGCUGCUUCGUUCAGGCGGAUUCAACAUGCGAAAAUGGAGCAGUAAUAGUCCCACUGUGCUCUCCCAAAUUCCGGAAUCGCUUCGGGACGCUCGAACAGAACUAGAUAUCAGCAAAUCUGACUCGGUGAAAGCUCUUGGACUUCUUUGGCACCCACAGUCAGAUGAAUUUAGCUUCAACGUUCCAGAUCUCACGUCUUCUGAGCCAAUCACAAAGCGUUUGGUUCUUUCUGAGAUGUCACGUCUUUUCGACCCGAUGGGAUUAGUCGGGGCAUCCAUCGUUGGUGCAAAAAUCUUUUUGCAAGCACUGUGGUUCGAAAACUUCAGCUGGGACGACGUUUUGCCGGAGAAAUAUCAAGAGUGGUGGAUCCAGUUCCGCAACGAGAUUGCAACGCUAUCUUCGCUUCGAAUUCCACGUCGCAUUCUCAUCGAAGACUACCAAGCCGUAGAAUUUCACGUCUUUUCAGAUGCUUCCGAACAUGCGUACGGCUGCUGCAUGUAUGUCAAAUCCAUAAGCUCUACUGGGGAACAGCAAUGCAACCUGGUGAUAGCGAAAUCGCGUAUCAGUCCACUUCGUAAUUUGUCUAUUCCUCGUCUCGAAUUGUGUGCGGCAGUUCUCGGCGCUCAAAUGGCCGAUUUUGUAUUGGAUUCGACGAAACUGGCUUUCCCGGUUACAUUUUGGACCGAUUCGUCGAUCGUUCUUCAUUGGAUAGCUUCGUCUUCUACGCCGUGGAAGGUAUUCGUUUCGAAUCGGAUUGCUGAAAUUCAUCGGCUGACAGGAGGAAGUAUGUGGCGGCACGUCCCGACUGAGCUGAACCCUGCGGACAAGAUCUCGAGGGGAGUCUCUCCGUCGCUGUUGAUGGAAGAUUCGCUCUGGUGGCACGGUCCCCCCUACCUUCGGCAAAAUUCGGAUACUUGGCCGGAGAACUGCAUCAAACUAACACCACUACAUCAAGAAGCUCGGAAAACCGAAUUCAAACAGGUCGUUUCAGUUGUAGUCGCUCACCAUGAUACGAUUGAUCUCAUCGAACAGCAUUCAUCGCUCUCCCAUCUACAACGCAAGGUCGCAUGGCUGCGGCGGUUUGUUAAUAACUGCCGCACUAAACCACCUGAAAGGCGCAAAUUUGGUCCGCUUUCGCAUAUGGAACUGGAACAAGCGCUGAUGGAGCUCGUCAGGCAAACGCAGCAGGUCUAUUUUUCGGCGGAAAUCGAAUUCCUCAAGAAGUACAAGGGGACUAUCCGCAAAGCUUUUUCGUUCAAAUCUCCUUUAAAAACCCUCUGCCCGUUCUUAGAUUCGAAUGGGUUGCUGCGAAUUACUGGUCGGCUGCAGCAUCUCGAUAUUCCGUACGAUACCAAACACCCAUUGGUAUUGCCCCAAAAGGCCCACCUAACAACGCUCAUCGUGAGAGCAACGCACCUCCGAAUGUUACAUGCUGGACCACAACUUCUCUUGUCGACGUUGCGCCAGCGCUACUGGCCAGUGCGAGGCCGCGAUCUUGCCAAAAAAGCUGUUCGGGAGUGCAUUACCUGUUUUCGCUGCCGUCCCAGAAAUGUCUGCCAAAUCAUGGGACCAUUACCUGCAGUGCGAGUUACGCCGUCGCGCGCGUUCACCCACUGUGGCGUCGAUUAUUGUGGGCCGUUUUCGGUUUCGAUUCCGAAUCGUCGCGGUCCGUCGGUCAAGAUACAUGUCGCGAUUUUCGUAUGUAUGUCGUCGAAAGCGGUACACAUCGACAUGGUGUACAACCUUACGUCCGACGCGUUCGUGAACGCAUUAAAGCGCCUCGUCGGUCGUCGCGGUCGUGUCUCCGAUAUAUACUGCGACAACGCACGAACUUUCGUCGGAGCAAAUCGUAUGCUCGAAGAGAAUCGGAAGCAAUUCGACGCGAUGCACCGAUCGCGUGAACUGCACUCGUUUUGUGCAGAAGCUGGAAUAACUUUCCACUUUAAUCCAGCCCGUUCACCCCACUGCGGCGGCCUCUGGGAGGCUUCCGUCAAGACCUUCAAGUACCACCUCUACCGUGUCAUGAAGGAUACGGUACUCAACACGGAUGACUUCAACACCCUGAUCAUUCAGAUCGAGGGAAUAAUGAACUCUCGUCCACUAUGUCCGAUGUCGUCGGACCCCGGAGACGUCCUUGCCUUGACACCAGGGCACUUGCUCGUGGGAGAACCACUUUGCUCUCUCCCCGAGCCCGAUUUAUGCAAUACUCCCAUUAAUCGUCUCAAUUCGUUCCAGAAAAUGCAACGAAGCCUCCAGCAUUUCUGGAAAGCUUGGUCGCGAGAUUACGUAGCCCAAUUACAGGACCGCAAGAAGUGGCCAACUGUCCAUCAGGACAUCGAUGUAGGAACGUUGGUGCUCCUUAAAGAUGAUAACGCACCUCCGAUGCGCUGGAAUCUCGGUCGGAUCGAAGAGGUAUUCCCCGGUAAGGAUGGACAUGUUCGUGUAGUUCAGGUUCGAACUGCACACGGGAGCUACCGACGAGCAAUCACCGAAGUGUGUCCACUUCCCAUCGAGGAUCCCUCUCCCCAGCAGCCUACCACCCACUGA